CCAAAAUAAGGAGCAUAAGUCCUAUUCUACCGUGGCACAUUUUAAUUGGUUCACUGUUGAACCUAUAUAUAUGCAUACCUAUGGAACGCUACAUUUCGUUCUCUGAAUCGCUCAUGGGAUUUCGGAUUCUAACCUAAGAGAUUCUGAAUCUCCGGAUUGAAUUUUGGGGAAAUUUCGGUUGAUUUUUCAGUUGGGUAGUGAUUGAUAAUUUGAAAAUCAUUAUGGAUGGCAACAAGGACGAGGCUUUAAGAUGCAUUAAUAUUGCUAAGGAUGCAAUUGCAUCGGGCAAUAAACAAAGAGCCCUAAAAUUUAUUGGAAUUGCGCGUCGUCUUAAUCAUGCUUUGCAUGUUGAUGAUCUUCUGGCCAAGUGUGAAAAUCUUGAUUCAUCAUCGUCCUCUGGUCCAUCUAAUAAUGUGAGCAAUGCUAAUGGUCUGAAAGAUAAAAUGAGGCGGGUUAAUAGCAAUGAGGUUCAGAAUGGGGAGAGGAAUUACACGGAGGAGCAUGUUCAAUUGAUUAGACAGAUUAAAAGUAAGAUGGACUACUAUGCAGUUCUAGGUGUGGAGAAACGUUGUUCGAUGGAGGAUAUUAGGAAGGCAUACCCCAAAGACAAAACAUCCUAG